AAAAAAAAAAAAAAAAAAAAAAAAAAAACAAGGUCGCUUGGUUAUAGCCUCUAGCUAGGCAAAGAAGGAAAACACAAAACACACACCCAGCACGCAGGACGUGCCAAAAUGUUGGACAAGGGCAGUAUUGCGACGCUUUGGCAACCGCCGCUGGCCCAUGUGCUGGUUCUGGUGAUAUUAAUCGCAGCCCCUGGCCUGUGCUACAAAAACGUGCGCAUCCAGGACAACCUGUGCUCGAACAACCUAAUUUUCACACUCGCCAAACCCUUUCGCGGUGACCCCACGGUGAGGCUCGACUUCGAGGAGGAUUCAGCGGCGAUUAUGACGCAGACCUGGAAUCUCACACUGCCCAAUGGCCACUCGGCCAACAAGAUCAAGUACGACUGCCAGUUCCGCGUGGUGACCAGCGACCGUACACCGCGCGGCAUUUACACACUCAUCACCAGGCUCAAGUUCCGGCGGGAUCCUGUCUCGAAAAAGUGCAUCGACUACAUACAGUUUACCGGCGGCAAUCGGUCGCCCAGUGAACGCAUUUGUCAUAACAUCGUCAUCAAUGGCCCGGCCGGGCGACUGAUCUUCGAUGAGCGGGAUCGGGAAGUGAACGUUCACAUCUACAUCGACAGAUCGCGCCACAUUCUGGGCGAUCAGCUGGAGCUGAGCAUGGUGCUGACAGCCCACUCCGAGUGCCAGUUCAACGGUGACUUUCUGUGCGAUCCCAACGACCAAUACUCGUGCAUAUCGCGGCAUUUUGUGCGGGACAACGUCACCAACUGCUUGUAUCCGUGUAGGGAUGAAGGAACGUGCUUCCACGACGCCAUCGUGCCGGAGGAGAUAGACACAGCCAAUGUGGCCAUCUCGGCCAUAACGUCGCUCAUUUUCACCAUGCUCGGCGUGGGCUUUUGCGUGUGGAUCUGCUGGAAGUACUGGAACUGCAUCACGGUGCAGCAACGAGCACACGAGGCAUCCGCCGCUCGCUUCAACCAGCAUCGCAUUCGGUCUGAUGUGCCGACCAUUGAGCUCCGACCGGAGCCAACAGCUCCGGAGUGCGCUAAUGUUGAAUCUCGCGAGCAGGAUGCACAGCAGCAGCCGCCAAUGACGCCCAAGGAUAUGCCACCUAGCUACGAGUCCUUGUUCCCCGACAGAUAAAGCCUCGUGUCACGUCCCUACGACUGCUCCGCUUUGUGCCAGAUCAGCGAGUACUUUGGCAUCGCACACUUGUUGUACUCGUAAAAGUCCUAUUAGGUAAAUUGUCUCUCCUCAUGAACAAAUGUGCAUUCCAUGUAAAUAUGCUAGGACUGAUUUUAAGUUUUCUGAUUAGCGUGGGCGGGAAAGAAUGUCUCUCGAAUACUGCCCCAAGAAUACUCCACUUUUACUACUGUAAAUAUUUAAAUUUUAUGUUUAUGUUUGGAUUGUGAAACUGUUGAAGCCAAUGUCGAUCAAUGUCUCAAUUUCUUAGCAACCUCACGGUACUCACUGAUGAAAUCUCACAGAAAUUAUGAUGUUAAAUGAAAUUGUAUCAAUUAUUUACCUAAGCAAACAAUUAUUAUUAAGCAAAAACCCAAAAUGUAUUCGUCUCUGCACUAGUUAGCAUAAAUAUUGUAAACGCCAGCCAUCGUCAGGUGUCAUCCUACAUGUACGUACAAAUGUGGGAUGGGAUGGUAGCGUCGGCAUUCCACAUAGUUGUACCUGUUUCUGUAUUGCAUAGAUGAGAUAUAUAUGGAUAUGUGUACGCGCUUUUGUAGAGAUCUUUGUUAUGUGUGUCUGUGUCCUGUGCUGGCGGCACAAUUGUCAAUUGUUAACCAGAAUCUCCCCUUUAAGCGCCACGCCCAGCACACACACAGUAAUUAAUGCUGCAGCAACAGCAGAAGAGAUUGCUAGGCCAAUACUCAUACAAUGUAUACACAACAGAAUCGAGCACUCGAAUACGUAUUACCGAUAAAUAAACCAACUAAAUCUCAACCAAACCAAA